CACUUCUUCUCUUUCCCCCCGGCUUUCUUCUAUCUCUCCGGUCUCAAUCACAUCCCCGGUGGAGCCGUGGCUCCGCAUCUCAGCUACCUUCCGGGAGAGAAAUUUUAUCGAAUCCAUAAAAGAUUUGCAUAUCACCUCCGGAUUUUAUUUCUAUUUUCUCUGAAACUGUCCGGAAAUCGUGGACCACCCAUAGAGAUCGUCAGUUUGUGUUUAGUUCUUCUUUCCGAUUUGGUUUUCUUAUAGAAAUGACGAUCGAGUCGAUGCCUGGUAGCUCCGGAUACUUGGACGUCGGCGACAGGAAGGUCACAUAUUUCAGCAAUCCCUAUGUUCUGGGUUUGACUGUAAUCGCUGGUAUUGGUGGUCUCCUUUUCGGUUACGAUACAGGUAUCUGUUCAAUUGUUUAUAAGUGUGAAUACCGUUCGUUCUUAAUUUAUGAAUUGCUCGUUGCUUCUUCCUCAAACUGGUUUGUGUCUGAAUUUUUCUGGAGUUAUUGAUCCAAGAAGCAGCGAUGACAGAUUGUAGGAAUUUUUAGUUUUCAGUUUUUAAGAGAACGGAUGAACCAAGCUCGUUAUUGGGGAAUCACACGCCAUUAUUGUGAAUAGUUCAUUUUGAUCCCGGUUAAUUUUGGUCCUUGUAUAUUAAUUUUAAUUGUUUGUAACUGCACUCUUGGUUUUCCUUCUGUUUACUGGCCACAUGAUUUCAGAG